UUUCUCUUUUGGAAAAAGGGGGGAUGUUAUGGUAUAGCAUAUGCAUGUAAUGUAUGCUACAAGUGAUUGAACGACUUAAUAAAGUCCACUCAUGUGUGUGGGGAUUCACUCCGGAAACAUGUCCCCAAAGAGUUAAGACUUGAUUGUUUCAGUUUCCAGUUUCAUUUCCACUUUCAGGGAGUGAACUAUUUGGACUCAGCCCACCCAGUGGACUAUAAAAACACCGCACACCGUCUCUGGUCCAGCCAGUUCUCGGAAGCAAGACGGAAUCCUGAACAGCAGCAUGAGCGACACACUGAGGGAGUCCUUGUUGGUGAAGCUCGGCCAGCUUCAGUGCCACUUCACGUGGGGCCCACAGAUGUACGACAGUGAUCUGGACGACGUGAAGCAGAAGUUGCAGGAUUCGAUUAUCAUCGGCGGGAAGCACCAAGGCGUGCCGCACAACCACUUGGCUUACAUCAACUACCUGCAGGGCAACUACGAAGAAGCUCUCCGUGACUUAGAGGAGGCGGAGAGACGUCUGAGGGAGAUCCACGGGGAUGGAUUUGAGAGGAGGAGCAUCGUCACCCAUGGCAACCGGGCCUGGUUGCAUUACCACAUGGGGCAACUCAGCGAGGCCCACUCCUACCUCGACAAGCUGGAGGUGAUGUGUGGCCCCCUCACACAGGGCCCGCACGUCACGGCAAUGGUGCCCGAGGUGUGGGGGGAGAAGGGGUGGUCUUUGCUGAGCUCCCGCUCACGGUGCUGCGAGGAGGCGAAGGAAUGUUUCGCCAGGGCUCUGGAGGAAGAUCCCGACAACACGGAGUGGAACAUGGGCUACGCCACCGCUCUGUACCGUCUGGAAUCGAUUUCCGCGAUCCCGGAAAAUCCCGAAGUGAGUCAGUCGGUGAGACAGCUGAGACGGGUGCUGGAGCUCGAUCCGGGUGAAUCUGUGGCCAGGGUGAUGCUGGCCCUCAGGCUCCAAGAGUUCCAGCAAAAGGCGAAUGAAUUGGUUGAAGAAGCGUUGCGGACAAGCCCAGAUUCUCCAUUUGUGCUCCGCUAUGCAGCAAAGUUUUACAGAAUACAGCGCAAUGUUGAUAAAGCGAUAGAGCUGUUGAAGAAAGGCUUAGAAUUCAGUCCGCGCUCUCCCUUCUUGCACCAUCAAAUGGGUAUGUGUUGCAGAGAAAAGCUAAUGGCUCUGCGUAAAAAUCAAGGCAUUGCAGACCCAGGCCUGGAGGCUGUGUUGAUCGACGAUUGCAAGCACUAUUUUGGAAAGGCAUUUCAACUGAAGCCAUCGUUUAUUCUUGCACAGCUGGAUUUUGCCGGGAUCUGCUUAAUGAAUGGUGAAUCAGACAGGGCGGUGAAGAUAUACAACAUCCUCCGGAGAUUAGAGGAUGUCACUCCAGAUAAUAAGCAGGCAAUAGAGUUACAGCUUGGAUUAUAUGAACUGUAUCACACCAAAUCUGAAUCAAACGCCAUCCACCAUUUUAUGGAAGGCCUUAAAAUCCAGCGCGGCACGAAAUAUUGGAAAAUUUGUUACACUAAGUUGGAGCAGAUUGCAAGAAGGCAAAUUAACAGGAACCCGGACAACAGCAGAGCCUGGGGUAUCCUGGGGUUUCUUCACCGAGAAGCCGGGGAGAAUUCUGAAGCUGUUGAAUGCUAA